AUGUUGGCAGUGCAUGUUGUUUGUGUGCAGGAGCGAGCGGAGCUGCUGGUGGUCAGAGUGCUGAGCGGUUUUAAGAGCAGUGACAUAGAGAAGGCCGUGGGCUCCCUGGACAGAGCCGGAGUGGACCUGCUGAUGAAGUACAUCUACAGAGGCUUUGAGAAACCGUCCGACAACAGCAGCGCUGUGCUGCUGCAGUGGCACGAAAAGGCUCUGGCAGUGGGAGGUUUGGGAUCUAUAGUUAGAGUUCUGACUGCAAGGAAGACCGUCUGAUCAUCCCAGAACCACCAGAGCCCCCCCCCGGUUAACAGAUGAUGACAAACUCAAGAUCAGCGGAGCGGAGUACCGGGACAAGUCUCUGCUGUUUAUUUUUCUACUGAAGCUCAGUAUCUUCCUGAUGAAGUUCUUUCCUCUUUUGUCUCUGCAUUCACUGCUGGCAGUCAGGCAGGGCGGUGCUGGCACCUCGGCUGCCUGUGUUUGUCAGCCAUGCAGAGAGAACAGACACAUUUGAGAUGCUUCAAUCCAAAGCAGCUCUUCGCUCCUUUCAAACUGCUUCCCAGCUGCUUUGAUGCCUCCGCCGGCUCACUCUCCUCCUCCGCUCUACUUCUCUCCUCCUUCUCUACAACCUCUGUGUCAUCCAGUGUGGGGGAAAUGCAAAAGAUUUUUGGAUGGCCCGGUCACAGACCACCUGUCCAGGCUGGGAUCAGAGUUAUUCUUUCCUCUUAUCGUUCUAACUCUGAACAUUUUAUUUCUGCUUACACCCCCUUGUUGCAUGUAGCCUGGCUUUCAGGUUACACUGCUUAAAAUAAUUUUUUAUUUUUUUAUAUUAAAUAAAUAAUAAAAGUGCAAAAUAAAAGAGCCAGGGCUCAAAAACA